AAGACCAAACCCCAAGCGCAAGGGGCACCGGCUGUCCGGCCGCCCGGCAUCCCCGGAGGGUGGUCUAGGGCUGACCCUGAGCUCCUCUCCUCAAGUUUGCCUCGCACCGGCCAAGUUACGAGUGUGGAGCUUGCCCCAGGCUCCAGGAAGAGCGUUCCGGCUCCUUGCUGGUCCGAGUAUGGCCCGGUCGGGGGCCUCACUUCACCUCUGGGGGUGGGUGCUGCUCAGUGGCUGCCUCCUCGCGGGAGCCCAGCUGGAUUCUGAUGGCACCAUUACUAUAGAGGAGCAGAUUGUCCUUGUGCUGAAAGCUAAAAUGCAGUGUGAACUCAACAUCACAGCCCAGCUCCAGGAAGGAGAGGGAAGUUGUUUUCCAGAAUGGGAUGGACUCAUUUGUUGGCCUAGAGGAACAGUGGGGAAAAUGUCAGCCGUCCCAUGCCCUUCUUAUAUUUAUGAUUUCAAUCAUAAAGGAGUUGCUUUCCGACACUGUAACCCCAAUGGAACAUGGGAUUUUAUGCAUGGUUUAAAUAAAACAUGGGCUAAUUAUUCAGACUGUCUUCGCUUUCUGCAGCCGGAUAUCAGCAUAGGAAAGCAAGAAUUCUUUGAACGCCUCUACAUCAUGUACACUAUUGGCUACUCCAUCUCCUUUGGAUCCCUGGCUGUGGCUAUUCUCAUCAUUGGUUACUUCCGACGAUUGCAUUGUACUAGGAACUAUAUCCACAUGCACUUAUUUGUGUCUUUCAUGCUGAGAGCUGCGAGCAUCUUUGUCAAGGACAAAGUGGUCCAUGCUCACAUAGGAGUAAAGGAGCUGCAGUCCCUGAUAAUGCAAGGCAACCUACAAAGUUCCAUAGAACUGCCUUCUGUGGACAAAUCACAAUAUAUUGGGUGCAAGAUUGCUGUUGUGAUGUUUAUUUACUUCUUGGCUACAAACUACUAUUGGAUCUUGGUGGAAGGUCUCUAUCUGCAUAGUUUAAUCUUUGUCGCGUUCUUUUCGGACACCAAGUACCUGUGGGGCUUCACCUUGAUAGGCUGGGGGUUCCCAGCAGCAUUUGUUACCGCCUGGGCUGUGGCUCGAGCAACUCUGGCUGAUGAAAGAUGCUGGGAACUUAGUGCCGGAGACAUCAAAUGGAUUUAUCAAGCCCCAAUCUUAGCAGCUAUUGGGCUGAAUUUUAUUCUGUUUCUGAAUACAGUUAGAGUUCUGGCUACCAAAAUUUGGGAGACCAAUGCAGUUGGGCAUGACACAAGAAAACAAUACAGGAAACUUGCCAAAUCAACACUGGUGCUGGUGCUGGUCUUUGGAGUGCAUUACAUCGUGUUUGUGUGCCUGCCCCACUCCUUUGCUGGGCUUGGGUGGGAGAUCCGGAUGCACUGUGAGCUCUUUUUCAACUCCUUUCAGGGUUUCUUUGUGUCCAUCAUCUACUGCUACUGCAAUGGAGAGGUUCAGUCUGAGGUAAAGAAGAUGUGGAGUCGGUGGAAUCUCUCUGUGGACUGGAAAAGGACGCCCCCAUGCGGCGGCCACAGAUACGGCUCCGUGCUCACCACCCUGACUCACAGCACCAGCAGCCAGUCGCAGAUGGCGGCCAGCACGCGCUCGGUGCUCAUCUCUGGCAAAGCAGCCAAGACGGCUGGCCCUCAGCCGGACAGCCAUGUGACUUUACCCGGCUACGUCUGGAGUAACUCAGAGCAGGACUGCCUGCCACACUUGAUCCAUGAGGAGGCCCAGGAAAGUAACGGGAGGCAGGGAGAUGAGAUUCCAAUGGAGGAAUCUUCCCGGCGAUUAGACUUUAAUCUGGACCCUGAAGGAGGCAAAGGAGAGACGGAGGAUGCCCUGUGAAUCGGCGUCUGUGUCUUUAAAGAGCUCGCCUCUCUGGUGGUGGUGGAGGAACUUGGUCAGCAUCCCUCUGCUUGAGCCCCAAAGCUGAACAUUCAGGGCUCAAGUGUGCGGAGUUUUCAGGCUCCAUCAGUUGGCUCCUGUAAAUAACUAAAACCACAAAGCAGAUGUGUCAGUGGAGUAAUUUAUUACCUUAUUUUGGCAUCACAUUCUCUUUGGAAUUGAUGUGUGGUACUUUCUCUGUGAUAUUUAUUGUUCUCCUUUUGGUAGAAAAACACUUCUGCUGCUUGGCUCUAGUUUUCUCUCAUAAGUACUGCUCUACAUAUGAUAGAGGUCAUUUAAGAUGCAUCCUUUU